AUGGCAACUUCACUUCUCGGGGAGGAGCCGAGAUUAGGAUCGACUCCCUUGGCCAUGUUGGCUGCGACGUGCAACAAGAUUGGGACUCCAAGCCCGUCACCUUCUUCGAUAUCAGAUAACCCUGCUGUGUUCGGGAAAGGCUUUCAUCCUUGGAAACGACCCACAGCCAGUUGCAAUUUGGGUGGUGGUUUAUCUUCGUUUGGAGUUUCUCGCAACGGAUCGGGACUGUCGGAAUCAUUCGGAAGCAACAGUUCAGGUGGAUCAAGUGCUUUUUCCUUAACACCUGGUACUCCUACAAAUUCGCAUUUUGGAAACGACUAUUCCGUUUUCCAGGCGACAGUUUCAAAUAGCUCACAAGAGGCCAGUCACCAGCCUGUGUUCAUUUCCAAAGUGCACACCUCAGUGGACAGUUUACAAAGUAUUUACCCGAGAAUGAGCGUUACGCACCCGUACGAGUCGUGGUUCAAGUCGCCCCACCCGGGGAUUCAGACUGGGGACGUGGGCACUACCGGCGGCUCUACGUGGUGGGAUGUUGGAGCAGGAUGGAUUGACGUCCAGAAUCCAAACGGGACCACGUUACAGCCUUCCUUGCAUUCAGGGGGACUUCAAACGUCACUUCAUUCCCCUCUAGGAGGUUAUAAUUCGGACUACUCCAGCUUGAGUCAUUCAGCGUUCAGCAGCAGUCCUUCUCCUCAUCUCCUGACCACCAGUCAACAUCUGAUGGAUGGCUUCAAACCAGUGCUUUCCUCUUAUCCCGACUCAAGUCCGUCUCCACUAGGCGCUACAGGUGGCACCGUGUUGCCUGGAGGCGCAGCGGCUUCCUUAGCGGGAUCCCCUCGUUCCUCUGCGCGACGAUACUCGGGGAGGGCCACCUGUGACUGCCCCAACUGUCAGGAGGCGGAGAGGUUGGGUCCAGCGGGAGCGAGCCUACGACGAAAAGGACUUCACAGCUGUCACAUACCCGGGUGUGGGAAAGUGUACGGUAAAACUUCUCACCUGAAGGCGCAUUUGCGAUGGCAUACAGGGGAGAGGCCGUUUGUUUGUAAUUGGUUGUUCUGUGGAAAGAGGUUUACGAGGUCAGAUGAACUUCAGCGACACUUGCGGACACACACUGGAGAAAAACGAUUUGCCUGUCCCGUUUGCAAUAAGCGCUUCAUGCGAAGCGACCAUUUAAGUAAACACGUCAAAACGCACAGUGCGGGCGGUUCUGUGGGAUCUGGUUCGGGUGGCAGUGGGGGCAAACGGGGAAGUGACACUGACAGCGAGCACAGCACCCCGGGAAGCCCUCCAUGUCAUACGCCUGACCUACUGUCGCCUCGUGAUUCCGGUCCUACAACAAGCAUACGCGCUCUUAGCAACUCUUUGGACUAAAUUAGAUUUUACGCAGGAAACAUGUGACAAUACAUUGCUUUAACAUGUUCCAUGAACUAUUCGGAUGCACUCUG